GCCUCCAAGGAGGCUCUCGCCCGCGGCCUCUCCUCGGAGCUGCCCAAGCACGUGGUGGAGGAGAGCGCGGGGAUGCUGGACGGCUACAUUCCAGAGACGCCGCCGCCGCGACCGCCUCAGGCAGCGACCCUCACGCCGUCGCCACAGUCGCUGAAGAAGGCUGAUGAGCAGGAGCAGACGAAGGCGCCCACUUGCGAGGCAGCCCCGCAGCCAGCCACGCCGCAAGCUACCAGUGCGGCGGCCGCGCCGAGCUCAGGAACGCCACCGUCGAGCUCUGGAAUGCCGCCAAACAUGGCCGAGACAGACAAGACGCUGGCGCUGAGGCUCUUGCAGAAGAUCCUCGAGGGGGGCAGCGCGCCGCUGGAGAGCGACAAGCCGCAGCUGCCGCAGGAGCCCGAGCCCAGAGAUGACGCUGCUCCACCCGAGCCACCAGUAGAGCCCGCGCAGCCAGCGCCGACCAGGAGCGAGACGCCAGCCCACAAGAAACUCCACAUGAACGUCUUCGCUGGGGCCAAGAAGUUGCGUGAUCUGAAGAUCAAG